UCCCCCGGCGCGGUACACCUGUGGUACCACUUCCAACAGCAGCUUGACGCUUGGAUUUAAUUUUUUUGUAUUUAAAAAAAAAAAAAAAAAAAAAGAGUAAGAAGAAAAGAAAGUCUGAUCAGAUAUGAGCGUUUGGAAUCAGAGUGUCGGGGAGAUAUAGGUGAGGUGCCGCAAGAUAAUUUAAGUAAAGGUAUUUUUUUUUUCUUCUUGUUUUUUCCUGAGAAUUAAUGAUUUGGGGAUUUUUCUCUUUUUCUGCCUGUGCGUAAUGGAUACCUCCGGGAACAGACGCGUGUAAUCCAGGACAAAGAGGGGAAAUCUCGCUCGAAAUUACGAUGCAUCGCACAGCGGUGGUCUUAAUUUUGGUCGUGACUGGCAUCGCAGAAGGUUGGGACUGCAGCGCGGGGUGCAACACGGAAAAUGGGUUUUGCGAGAAGCCAGGGAAGUGCAGGUGCAAACCGGGGUGGCAGGGAGAGCACUGUGACCGGUGUGUGCCCUUCCCCGGCUGCCUGCACGGCACAUGCGAGAAGGCAUGGCAGUGCCUCUGCAGCGAGGGCUGGGUGGGCAGCCUCUGCGACCAAGACACUCGUCUGUGCUCAUCUGGGCCUUGUGCUGGUAAUGCCACCUGCAUAGAGACGGGAGAGGGGGGAUACCUGUGCAUCUGUCCCCAUGGCUACACCGGGGAAAAGUGCCAGCUGAAGAGAGGACUUUGUCUCACCAACGGCUCUCCUUGUCAGAACGGAGGCACGUGCACGGAUGAGAACGGCUCAGCGGCGUACUCUACAUGUUUGUGUCCGCCUGGGUUUUCUGGAGACUUCUGCGAGAUCGGCGUUGACAGCUGCCAGCCUAACCCCUGCCUCAACGCUGGCAACUGCACGAGCCACGGCCUGGCCUUCACAUGCGUCUGUCCGCACGGCUUCACCGGUUUCACUUGUAAUGACACCAGCAGCCUCUCGCCCUGCGCCGGCAGGCCCUGCGCCAACAGGGGCAUGUGUGUUGGUCAACCUGAUGGAACAUUCCGGUGCAUUUGCCAAAAGUGGUUUACAGGUCCCACAUGUUCCCUGCAGCACAGGCCCAAAGCCAGGCCCAAGCCGGUCAGUGCCAGGCCUGUGGACCACAGAGUGUUUGCCCUGACUCCGCAGCACUACUCCCUCCCUGCUCACACCUUCCACAAGCUUCUCAGGCCGCCGGAGAGGGACCUGCUCAAGAUCACCCUGAAGGAGACGGUGCACUCCCCCGGCGUCCUCGUCACCCACGGGCAGCUCAUUUGCUUCGGCAUGCUCGCCCUGCUCACCUGCCUGGUCAUCCUGGGCACCACGGGAAUCGUGUUUUUUGGCCGCUGCGAGACGUGGCUGGCUAAUGCCAAGUACAGCCAGCUCGUCCGGCAGCAAAGGGAACACCUGCUGAGAGAGAGCGGCGGGGCGAGCCAGGAAGAGCCGGAGCACUCAGUAAACAUCAUCCUGCCGGAAAAGAUAAGACUCACCAGCUUUGGGAGACACUACACCUCCAUCUGAUUAAAUCUACUCUCCCUCUCAAAGGAGUUGAAAAGGAAUGUCUAAAAAUAGGGUGAAGCAAAUUCUAUGACUGUUGUACAGUUGUGUUAAUACAAUGAGGAAUAUUGGACUGUGCUGGAAUGUAUCUGAAUGUAUGGUCAACUGGACUAAGUGGACAACCGUGACGCUGCAUUGUAAAUCUACUUUUAAUUGUACUGUUGGAAUACUACUGUUAAAAAUGUAUGAACUGAUAAGAGAUGUCUUUUAGCACCUUGAUGGCUGUUAAAAACACGUCGUCGUGUUGUUUUUCUUAAGGCCAUUUUUGACUUGGAAUUAAUGGUUCCCUAAGGUUAAUACUACAAAAAGAGAAAUCAAGUUCAUUUAAAAGUCGCCACUAACUUUCCUUUCAGUAUGUAUAAUGAAAUUCUUCCUACGAUUUAUUUUUAAUUGUGAACAAAGGUAUUCUUAUACAUAUGUAUUUAAUAACCAUGACACAAGCUGCAACAUUAAUUAAUCGAUUGUUUUUUUUAUUGGUAGAAACUCAAAGAUGCACUAUGUAAGAGUUUUCAUUUAAAAUAGUCAAAGAUUAAAUGAAAUUAUCAACAGAUUGGAAAGAAAUAAUUUUCCCAUUAUGUCUCUCACAGUGCUCCCAGUGAGAGAGGGGUACGUACAGUAUACUGCUUGCUGCACAGCUAACUGAGCUAACUGAGCUAAUUAGCUAACGACAGCCAUGGUUGGGAGCAGAUAGCGGUUACUCUGGUGAUAUGCUGCCCCCUGUCUGUAUGGAGUAUGAAGGUAGCAGGUGGUCAGUUCUCACAUACUGCAGCUUUAACUACUGAUUUAUUGUUUGAUAAUUUUUCAAGCAAAAUGCCAAACAUCACUUUGUUUCAGCAUCUCAAAUUUGAAGAUUUAAUUGAGAGACUAAUCAGCAGAUUCAAUUAAUUGGAAACUGUUGCAGCCUCAAUCAUCUCCAUACAGUAUUUUGUGAAUUGUGCCAUUUUCUGAUUAAUGCAAAAAUACAUAUUGUGAGUUUGUACAGUAUGUACAUUUAAAAUGUAUAAUUACAGAUUGAGACAUGCCACCCGAACAGCUGUACUUUCAAAACCUGCAGGUUGAAACUCUACAGUGCCAGACACUUUUGGUGUAUAGGCAUCAGUGUGCGAUAUGUACCUGCAGGUAAUUUCAUCUCCUAAAUACCAUCCAGUUCUCUCUCUCUGCAGAUGUGCCACUUUAGGUGUCAGUGUUAUAUAUAGAUGUGCACUCCGUUAUAAAGAUGCAGAUUAUUUCACAGCUCCUCAAGAAAUGCCACUCGCUAUUUCCAUCACCAUCUAUUUGUAUCCGUGCUGCGAUCCGGCACCCAGUGAACAGUUUCAUUUGCAGCUUCUCAGAGAUUUUGGUAGACCUCACAAGAUUACUUCUUACUGUCAGUAAUGGAAUUUUCACAAGUCAUGCACCAAUGCGUCUACGAUCCCUGAAAUCAAUACUGUAACAUCUGUUAGACGUCAUCAGGGAAGUGGCCGCCCAUUUCAAACAAGAGAAACAGUAUAGUAUAGUUAAUGGAGCUCUGUGGAUACACAAAGUUCCAACAAACAGAAUUAACAAAUGAGAUUUUUGGUAAAUAAUCAUAAGCAAUGUGGAUAUAAAGAGAUAAAGUUGGUAAAGACAAGUAUUGGAAUGUGUGGAGCAGUCUGCAGCCUCUAAACCUAGAAAAAGACAGCACACAGACCAAGUUAAACAUAUUGUAUGUCAAAUAUCCCAAUGAGGAUAAUUGUGGUAUAAGAGCACUUCAGCCUCCACUCAGCCUGCAGGGAGACUCAGUUAAUGUGGUGGGCUGGAUUUCUCCCACUUCUCUGGUGGUUAACUUGUGCUUAUAACAUGACAGGCUUUCAAUCCAGACUGUGUAUCACAUCGUGCGGAAGUAAAAUGACUUACAAGUGGCAUUUCUACUGGGUGGCUGUGACUGUAACACUGCAGAGUUUUCCAGUAUUUGUUCCAGUCCGAGAUUAUUUGCUGUUGUUGUCUGUUCAUUACUUUUAAUAAAAUACUGUAAAUAAAAAACAAA